UUUUUAAUUUUUUAUAGUGGCAACAAUUUAUCAAUCCAUUGAUUCGGCGACGCCGCUGUCAAACAUUACGAGUUACGACGAAGACAGUCGAAAUCAUUAAUAUAUCCAAAAUAAAAAUAGUUUCGCGUGUAAAAUAUGAAGAAGCAUCAGACUAGGCAAAAAACUCUUAAUGAUCCUAUAAUUGUGUCACGAGUGAAGAAUUAUUUGGCAGAAAAUGUGGAUAAAACGUUCGUCGAUGUCAGCCAAAUGGCGCGUUCUCUAAAAGAGCGAUAUCGUGAAUACAGCAAUAGAAGCGAUAACGCAUUCUGUCAGAUGGUCGAAAGUGCUUACAAGGUGGUUUUACAGAGUUACGGUUUGGACGGCGCGACAACUUCAGAAGGUUCGGAAGAGGAAUCUGACAUAGAAUUAUUAGAUGAAAACAACAGUGCACUCAACAAUCGGUUAUUAGCGAUGUACAAGAUGCAAGAUAAAAAACGACCGGCGACCUCCCGCAGAGCUACAGAUAAAUCGGGCGAGCCUAUUGACAUUCUGAGCAGUGAUGAAGACGGCAGCGCGGCACCAAAAUUACCAAAAAUCAGCGAUCAAAUUACUAUAACCCCUCAUAUAAAUUUGACAAACGCUACGCGUAAUACUAAUACGUCGGCAGAAAGUACUAAUAAACAGACAAAUACACAGCAUCCUGUUGAAAAAAAACGAAAGGCUGACACUAAUAAAAAUCCUAUAACAAAAAAGAAAUUUGAAAUAGGUGAAGCUAAAAAUGUUAAGGUUAGUUUUGAGGACAUUGGCGGGUUGUCAGAUAUAAUAACACAAAUUUGUGACUUGAUAUUGCACAUGAAACAUCCAGAAGUGUACAAAGAACUGGGUAUAAAGGCUCCUAGAGGGGCUUUAUUACAUGGACCACCGGGCACAGGGAAAACAUUGUUAGCACAUGCUAUAGCUGGUAAGCUUCAGUUGCCACUUAUUGCAGUCACUGGCACUGAGUUAGUUGGGGGUGUAUCCGGAGAGUCAGAGGAGCGGAUACGUGAACUAUUUGAGCGGGCAGUGUCUGUAGCACCAUGCAUCUUAUUUAUUGAUGAAAUAGACGCAGUGUGUGGUAAUAGGAUACAUGCCCAAAAAGACAUGGAGAAGCGUAUGGUAGCACAAUUACUGGCAAGCUUGGAUAGUCUUAGUGAAAAUAAUACCUCUAUACUAAUACUUGCUGCUACAAACAAUCCUGAUGCAUUAGAUCCCGCUUUAAGAAGGGCAGGUCGCCUUGAACAAGAAAUAACCUUAGGUAUCCCAAGCUUAAAAGCGAGGAAGGAAAUUUUAGAGAUUUUAUGUAAAAAUUUAGCUUUGUAUGAGGAUGUGAAUAUGAAUGUUCUGGCUCAAAUUACUCCAGGUUUUGUUGGAGCUGAUAUACAAGCUCUUGUAAAUAAAGCUAGCACAUAUGCAAUUAAAAGAAUUUUCAAAGAAAUUCAAAAUAAGACAAAGUUGCAACCUGCGAUUAUUCCUCAGGAAGAAGUUGAACCAAAAGAUAAUGUCAAUAAAAUUCCAAAUGGAGACCAAGGUAAUGAAGAGCCCGUGCAGAAUGAAGAAAAGAAUGGGGAUAGUCCCCAAGAAGGAGAAACUGUACAAAAGGAUGAAUCAGAAGUACCAUUAGUAGAAAACCCUCCUGAACCUGUAAAUGUCUUUGAAACGAGUCCUGAUGCUGUUGAUGAAAAGGAAGUCCCUAAUAAUCCAUUAAAUGAUGUUUUGAGUCUACUUGAAAAUAGCAUGCCUUACACUCAUGAACAAUUGACAGGACUUUCUAUAAGACAUGAAGACUUUACAAGAGCCUUGAAAACAACAAAACCUUGUGCCGUCCGGGAAGGUAUAGUCACUGUACCAGAUGUGACAUGGGAUGAUGUUGGCUCUUUAAAUCAAGUUCGCAAGGAUUUGCAGAUGGCAGUUUUAGCACCAGUAAAGUAUCCUGAGCAAUUGAAGAAGCUUGGCUUGCAAGCUCCCAGUGGUGUUCUGCUUUGUGGGCCACCUGGUUGUGGUAAAACAUUACUGGCUAAAGCUGUUGCAAAUGAAGCCGGAGUGAACUUUAUAUCAGUUAAAGGACCAGAAUUAUUAAACAUGUAUGUAGGUGAGAGUGAAAGGGCAGUACGGACGUGUUUCAGACGUGCGAGAAAUUCGGCACCGUGCGUUAUAUUCUUCGACGAGUUUGACGCGUUAUGCCCUAGACGUACGUCACAGGAUCACAAUGGAGCUGCAAGAGUUGUAAAUCAGCUGUUGACAGAAAUGGAUGGUAUUGAAAGCCGUGAAGGUGUGUUCGUUCUGGCGGCGUCAAAUCGACCAGAUAUCAUAGACCCUGCGGUACUUCGACCAGGGCGUUUGGACCGCGUUAUGUACGUUGGUAUGCCAGCCAGAGAAGAUAGAUAUGAUAUACUACGAAAAUUAACUAAAGAAGGUACUAGACCACGGUUAGCACCUGAUGUACAAAUAUUACAAGUUAUUGCGGAGAUGACAGAAGGUUAUACGGGUGCAGAUCUGUCCGGCUUAGUAAGAUUGGCCGCUACAAAUGCUUUAACAACUCACAUUACAAAUGGUACUUUAGAUCAAGAUAUUUUUGUCACAUUUGAUGAUUUCCAAGCAGCUCUUACUAAAUGUAAACCCUCGGUAUCAGCAAAAGAGCAAAUACAUUACGAAAAACUGAGACUAAAGUAUUCAGGGAUAGAUGAAAAGGAAAUGGAAAUGGAGACGGAGCCAACAAACGAGGAAUCAAUGGAUACAGUGUGAGAAUCAUUCAGUAGUUGGAUUACACAUUCUUAGUUCAUUUCUAUUUAUAUUGAAUCUUACGAUGUAAGCAUAAGUAAUAGUGCCAAGUGUUCAUUUAAGCUAUAUUUUGUUGUUUAGAUCUGUUAAAUUGAAUAUCUUUGAUACAUCUACAUUCCUGAGAGUAGU